CCGUCGCCUUGACAACCGGGCCGCCGGCAACGGCGGCGCCGACAAGUCGUUGAGGCUCCGGACCUCGCCGGGCGCGGCUGGGCCCGCGCCGGACAGUGCCCCAGCUCCACCCGCACAGGGACUAUGAGAAAAUGGUGGGGCAAACGAGGAAUAAGCUCAGAGAAGCGGCUGCAGAGCCGUCUCAAGCCCGCCCGGCAGUCGAGGCGUCGGCGCCGGGCCACGGGAGCCGGGGAGCCGGAGAUGGAGGAGGGGAAGAAGGCGGCGGUGGAAAAGCCCGAGCCGCCCUCGCAGCCUCCUCCGCCUCCGCCCGUAGGCGGCGGGAACUUGCCGGGGGGCUCCCGGGAGUACUCGCCGCGGAGGACCCGAAACCUGAACGCGCAAAAUUGCCUGCAGCUGGAGGUGGUCGCCAGGACGCUUCUCCUCGGCCGCUUCCAGUUCCUCAACUGCUUCCUGGAGCUGCUCCGCGAAAAGGUGCUCGUCUUGCAGAUGCGUCGGUUCUCGAACAGGACCACCCUCAGCAUAGCUGCCUUUGUGGGACUUCUACACUGGAUACAUUUAGUAACUCUUUUUGAAAAUGACCGUCAUUUUUCUCACCUCUCAUCUUUGGAACGAGAGAUGACUUUUCGCACUGAAAUGGGACUUUAUUAUUCCUACUUCAAGACCAUCAUUGAAGCCCCUUCCUUUUUGGAAGGACUGUGGAUGAUUAUGAAUGAUAGACUUACUGAAUAUCCCCUUGUGAUCAAUACAGUGAAGCGCUUCCACCUUUACCCAGAGGUAAUCUUAGCUUUCUGGUAUCGCACAUUCAUGGGAAUAAUGAAUUUGUUUGGGCUAGAAGCUAAGACCUGCUGGAAUGUCACCAGGAUAGAACCUCUUAAUGAAGUUCAAAGCUGUGAAGGAUUGGGAGAUCCUGCUUGCUUUUACGUUGCUGUAAUUUUUAUUUUAAAUGGACUAAUGAUGGGAUUGUUCUUCUUGUAUGGUGCAUACUUGAGUGGGACUCAGCUAGGAGGUCUAAUUACAGUAAUGUGCUACUUUUUCAACCAUGGAGAGGCUACCCGUGUGAUGUGGACGCCUCCUCUGCGUGAGAGUUUUUCAUAUCCAUUCCUUGUACUUCAGAUGUGGAUUUUAACCAUGAUUCUCAGGACCUCGACCUCAAGCAACCAUAGAAGCCAGCACAUCGCUCUCUGCCUUUCCAACAUCGCUUUCAUGCUUCCCUGGCAGUUUGCUCAGUUUAUACUUUUUACACAGAUAGCUUCAUUAUUUCCCAUGUAUGUUGUGGGGUACAUUGAACCAAACAAAUUUCAGAAGAUCAUUUAUAUGAACAUGAUCUCAGUUCUCCUUUGUUUCAUUCUGAUGUUUGGAAAUCCCAUGUAUUUAUCUUCUUAUUAUUCUUCAUCUUUGUUAAUGACGUGGGCAAUAAUUCAACAUAGAUGUAAAAUUCAAAGAUUGGGAGUGUCUGAACUCAACUAUUGGCUUAUUCAAGGUUGUGCUUGGUGGUGUGGAACAAUCAUUUUAAAAUUUCUGACAUCUAAAAUUUUAGGUGUUUCGGACCACAUUCGCCUAAGCGACCUCAUAGCAGCCAGAAUCUUAAGGUAUACGGAUUUCGAUACUUUAAUAUACACCUGUGCGCAUGAAUUUGACUUCAUGGAACAAGCGACUCCACUGAGAUACACAAAGACAUUAUUGCUUCCAGUUGUCAUGAUGGUUACUUGUUUUAUCUUUAAGAAGACUACUCGUGAUAUCUCAUGUGUCUUAUCUACAAACACUUAUCUAAGAAAACAGCUCCUUGAGCAUGGUGAGCUGAUUUUUCAUGCACUGCAGUUGUUGGCAUUUACUGGCCUUGCCAUUUUAAUUAUGAGGCUGAAGCUGUUUUUGACACCACACAUGUGUAUUAUGGCUUCCUUGCUCUGCUCACGACGGCUCUUUGGCUGGCUUUUUUGCAGAAUUCGUUUUGAGAAUGUUAUCUUUGGCAUUUUAACAGUGAUGUCAUUACAAGGUUGUGCAAACCUCCAUAAUCAAUGGAGCAUAAUAGGAGAAUUUAAUAAUUUGCCUCAGGAAGAACUUAUUCACUGGAUCAGAUACAAUACCAGACCAGAUGCUGUUUUUGCAGGUGCCAUGCCUACAAUGGCAAGUGUCAAGCUGUCUACACUUCAUCCCAUUGUGAACCACCCACAUUAUGAGGAUGCAGACUUGAGGGCUCGGACAAAAAUAGUUUAUUCUGCAUACAGUCGAAAGUCUGCAAAAGAAGUGAGAGAUAAAUUGUUGGAGUUACAUGUAAAUUAUUACAUUUUAGAAGAGGCCUGGUGUGUUGUAAGAACUAAGCCCGGUUGCAGCAUGCUUGAAAUCUGGGAUGUGGAAGACCCUUCCAACGCGGCGAACCCACCCUUGUGUAGCAUCUUGCUCAAGGACCCGCGGCCCUACUUCACCACGGUGUUUCAGAACAGCAUGUACAGAGUCCUGAAGGUUAACUGAGGUCUGCUACACCGCAGUGCGGAGCAGCUCGUGGGGAAAGCAGCACUUUAUGGCAGAUUUACACGAAUAAAAAUCACAAGCUUUAAUAAGGGAUGCUUAGAAAGAAGAUAAAAAUGAUAGAAGGGUUUUCAGAUUACCAGAGGGAAAUUACUUGUUUUUCAUUGAAUGUCAGCCCUUAUUAAGCCUCUCCUAUAAAUCAUUAAAUCAUCUCAUAUUACAUUAACGCAUUUCACCUUAGCAUUUUUAAAGAAAACUAUAUGUAAAAGAACAAUCAAGGAUUUGGAAGUCCAUUGUUAUCCAGCUAAGUAAACUGCUUCAGAUUCUCUGGAACGCAGCAGGGCGUAUCUGUUCCAAGUUCUUACCCUGCAUGGAACGAAAGCCCAGGCUCGGAAGUGACGGAAGUGACAGACACUGCCUGGGUCACAGCCCCUCUGCCUGCUGAGGACACUUGACCUUGUGCCUCCUCAGGGCUUUUGUGCUUUUCUCUCCCCAGCUCUCAGGGAAGAUCUACAAUAGUUUUAAAUAACUUUUUUGUCAUUUCAUGUCCAAGUGUUUUUGAAGCAGCUUGCUCUGUAAUGUUUCGAAUCUCUUGAGAUGCAUUUCCCAGCCAGAUGAGUAUCUUCACAGGGAUCAGUGUCACCUGGUCUCAUAGGUUAUCAGUCUGUCUUCAGCAUCCAGGGGUUUUCCUCCUGAUGUCCUGGUGACUAAAACUUGCCGUGAUACACUGCCAAGGUUGGGGAUUCAACAGACUCAGAAAAGAAAACCCAGUAAAGUGCAUUCAGUGAGAUUUUCAGAGCCUAAACCUUGAAGGAAGCAAAGGCCUCCACCUCGACGGCCCUGCAGCGCAUCGCACGUCGUCCUCCCCAACACCAGCUUUUAAUAGCAGCUCUUACAUCCUCGUUUCUUUGUGGUUUUGGAUGAGGAAGGCCAUGGUGUAUAAACCAUCUGCCCCAAGGCAACCUCCCCAACAAUAAUGCUUUGAAAAGUGGCAGUGAUUUUGCAGAUGCUACCAAGUGCAAAGAUACAAGUUAUUACUCUUCUGUUUGGUAAAUAUUAAAUAUGCCAGGUCUGUAGCAUUUUAAUGUGUACCUACUUUAAUCAUCUUGGAAUUCUUAUAAUUCCCUUAUAUUCUUGGCCCACUACACUUAAGAAAAUUACUUAAUUCCAUAGAAUAAUUCACUUACAGUACGUAGGUGAUUAUAUACAGGAAAGCAAUAAAAUUAAAGUUUUAGAAUUAUAAAAUAUUUUAGUACAGGAUGCAAAGCAACUAAGAAAGCAUGCCAGCAUGCCACAUUUUAUUUACUUAGCACUUGAAGAUAAUUUAUUUUGGUGUAAAUGUGGAACAAAAAAGGAAAAGACAUAAAACCUAACAUCAGAAUUAAAAUAGCAUUUUGAAUGAUGUUUUCAUGGCAAACACUUUAAAGAUACUGAUAUAAUGCAACAAAAUGGGGAUGAGCUGUAUUAACUAAUGAGAUGUUACAUAUACAUAAAAUGUUUUCACAUCGAUUCAUGUUAUACCCAUGUACUGUGUAUGUUAAGUGAUAAAACUUGAAGAUCCUCUA